AUGAAAAAAAUUGAGAGGUUCCUGGAAAUGUUCAAAAAGCUUGAAAUAAAUAUCCCUUUUUCUGAGGCAUUAGAACAAAUGCCAAUAUAUGCCAAGUUCAUGAAAUAUAUCAUCUCCAAAAAUCGCUCCACUGAUAUAGACCCGAUCAUCCUGACUGAAAAAUGUAGUGUAAUUCUUCAAGGUAUGAAAAUCCCAGUUAAAAAGAAAGAUAAUGGAUCAGUUACUAUUCCAUGCACUAUUGGUGAUAGAAAAUUCAAGAAGGCUAUGAUUGACUUAGGAGAAAGUUUGAGCUUGAUGCCACUAUCCCUCUACAAGAAAUUAGGCAUUGGCACCGUUCAAGAUACUCGAAUGACACUUCAGUUUGUUGAUCGCUCUGUUAGGCGACUAUAUGGGAUUAUGGAAGAUGUUCUGGUAAAUAUUGACAAGUUUGUUUUCCCAGUUUACUUCGUCAUUCUGGAAAUGCCUGAAGAUGAGGAGAUUCCUCUCAUAUUGGGCAGACCAUUCUUAGAGACGGGACGAUGCAUGAUAGAUAUAGAGGAAGGAACAAUGACCCUUAAAGUCUAUGAUGAAGAGUUAAAGAUUGAUGUGCGAAACAUGAUGCAAUACAAAGAUGAUAUUGGCAUAAGCCACACUGUAGAGAUAAUAGAUCAGGUAAUUGCUCAAGAAAUUGAAAAGCAAAUGCCCUAA